UACAUGCCUUUUUAGAAUUAAUAUAACAUCCAUAUCAUUAUACUUAGCCACAAUCUGGAAAAUAGGCAAUUUAUAUAUCAUUGUGUUCCUGUGUAUAGGCUAAAAUGAAUAGUUACAUUGUCCGAGUAGUUUGGCUGUUCCAUUUGCUCAUAUUUUUGAGUGGGCUUUUCAAUCGGUUACAGUUACAGUAUGCUACCCGCUGGACUGCUUCUGUUGCGGCCGCUAGGGCCUUCCAUGGCGAUGUCCACUGGUUGUUGGCUGGUGGUGCAUCUGUAGCUGUGUGUAAGGAGGGCAGCCUACUGAGCCUAGGCGGUCUUUAGCCUCAGUCUGAUCUGAGCAUGUAGGCUGGAACCAUAAACACAUCCUGAACCAAGCUUUACCCUAGUAAACCCCACAGCACCGAGACAUGCUACAUCCCCAUGAGCUCAGCCGCGGACGUAUGUUCUUGGAUAGAUCUCGGUUCUUAUAGCGCCAGUUAUAGGUUUGAGAAGCGGGAGGAGAUGACGGCGAGGAAAGACGCUUUUCAACCGCUGUCCAGCUCUCGCAUCCCGGAGAGGAAGGGAGCGGCUGACCGGGGGAAGACUAACUCCGACUGGUCUUAUCCUUUCUCCCAACAGGAGCCGGAGAAAGGCCAUUCGACAGCGGGGAUCCAUGCCCAUGUGGUAGGGGCUGUCGGGGGCUCCGGGGCCGUGGAUGAGUCGUCAGACAGCGAGGGAGAACAAGAAGGCCCGCAGAAACUCAUUCGGAAAGUGUCGACCUCCGGACAGCUCAGAAGCAAGACCAGCGUGAAAGAGGGAUUGUUGCUGAAACAGACAAGUUCAUUCCAGAGGUGGAAAAAACGCUAUUUCAAACUGAGAGGACGAACACUCUACUAUGCCAAAGAUGCCAAGACUGGCAGUGCCCAUGCCCGGUGGCAGGAGCGGGCGCUGCGUGGCGUGUCCAGGAGUCGUGUAUGUUGGAGGGUCCUGUCCGUGUGCUGGGCAGGGCCUCGCAGCACUCCACCGGCUAGCGGAUCCGAGGAAGGUCUGAUGUCGAUACGGUCACUGAUAUUUGACGAGGUGGACCUAUCUGAUGCCAGCGUGGCCGAGUCCAGCACUAAGAAUGUUAACAACAGCUUCACGGUGAUCACUCCGUUCCGCAGGCUCAUCCUCUGCGCGGAAAACAGGAAAGAGAUGGAGGACUGGAUCAGCUCGCUGAAGUCCGUCCAGUCCCGAGAGCAUUACGAGACAGCACAGUUUAAUGUGGAACAUUUCUCAGGCAUGCACAACUGGUAUGCCUGCUCCCACGCACGGCCCACCUUCUGUAAUGUCUGUAGGGACAGCCUCUCUGGCGUCACCUCCCACGGCCUGUCCUGUGAAGUGUGUAAAUUCAAAGCUCACAAGCGGUGUGCCGUCAGGGCCACCAACAACUGCAAAUGGACCACACUGGCCUCUAUAGGCAAAGACAUCAUCGAGGAUGAGGAUGGGAUCGCCAUGCCCCACCAGUGGCUGGAGGGAAACCUGCCUGUUAGUGCCAAGUGUGCCGUGUGUGACAAGACAUGUGGCAGCGUGCUCCGACUGCAGGACUGGCGCUGUCUCUGGUGCAAGGCCAUGGUACACACAGUGUGUAUGGACCUGUACCCCAGGAAAUGUCCCCUGGGCCAGUGUAAAGUCUCUGUCAUCCCUCCAACUGCCCUCAACAGUAUCGACUCUGACGGCUUCUGGAAGGCCACUUGUCCCCCGUCCUGCGCCAGUCCUCUGCUGGUCUUUGUCAAUUCCAAGAGCGGAGACAACCAAGGGGUUAAAUUCCUACGACGUUUCAAGCAGCUCCUCAACCCUGCUCAGGUGUUUGACCUGGUCAACGGAGGACCAUAUCUAGGGCUGCGUCUCUUCCAGAAGUUCGAUAACUUCCGGAUCCUGGUGUGCGGAGGGGAUGGGAGUGUAGGCUGGGUCCUCUCUGAGAUAGACAAACUCAACCUCCACAAACAGUGCCAACUGGGAGUUCUCCCCCUGGGUACUGGGAAUGACCUGGCGCGGGUGCUGGGCUGGGGCCCGUCGUGUGAUGACGACACGCAGCUGCCCCAGAUCCUGGAGAAACUGGAGCGGGCCAGCACCAAAAUGUUGGACCGCUGGAGCAUCAUGACCUAUGAAAUUAAGAUCCUUUCUAAACACAGCGGGCCUGUCACGCCUGACGACACUGACCACGACCAGUUCCAGAUCUCAGCCUAUGAAGACUCGGUAGCUGCCCAUCUCACCAAGAUCCUCAACGCUGACCAAAACUCUGUGGUCAUCUCCUCUGCUAAGAUCCUGUGUGAGACAGUAAAGGACUUUGUUGCAAAAGUGGGGAAGUCCUAUGAGAGAAGCACUGAGAAUACAGAGGAGUGUGACAACAUGUCUCUCAAAUGUGCCAUCCUGAAUGAGAAGCUAGAUUUGCUCCUUCAGACCCUCAACACAGAAACCCAGUCAUUCCCCCCACCUCCUCGCCUUUCCACACCCCCCAUCGUCGAGGAGGAGGAGGAAGAAGAGGAGGAGGUGAGCGAGGAGUCGUUGACCGAGCUGAAGGAGAAACUGGAAGCGGAGGAGAGUGAGAAGGGAGGAGAGAAUGGAGGAGGUUCGCCACACAAGAUUUUCAGAGCUAAAGAACAGUUGAUGCUACGGGCAAACAGCCUGAAGAAGGCAGUACGAGAGAUUUUGCAGCAGGCAGAGAGAGUGGUGGAUGAGCAGAAUGCCAGCACGGAGGAGCAGGAGCUGCCGUCCACGUUAGAGUUCAGGAAGGAGGGAGAGGAGGACAACAGGGACAGUGAAAAGGACGAGGACACCAGGGAACUAGAGACCCUGCCAUUGGCUAAGAGUCCUUGUUCCCCUCCUGAAAGGUGUGUGAGUCGCGGCAGCCAAUCAUGUGGCUCAUUCUCCAUCACACCCUUCACCACCAGCAAGGAGAACCUGCCUGUACUCAACACACGUAUCAUCUGCCCUGGUACAUCCUACGGUUUGCGUGCUGGUCUGGCAGCCUCUAUAGCUGGUAGCUCCAUCAUCAGUAAGAUGCUGCUGGCCAAUAUCGACCCAUUUGGAGCUACGCCCUUUCUGGACUCUGACCUGGACUCACUAGAGGGCUUUAGUGAGAAGUGUGUCAUGAACAACUACUUUGGCGUUGGGCUGGAUGCUAAGAUCACCUUGGAGUUCAACAACAAGAGGGAGGAACACCCAGAGAAGUGCAGGAGUCGUACGAAGAACAGGGUAUGGUAUGGGGUUCUGGGCACCAAGGAGCUCCUCCAGAGAACCUACAAGAAUCUAGAACAGAAGGUUCAACUGGAGUGUGACGGUCAGUACAUCCCCCUGCCCAGCCUUCAGGGCAUUGCAGUGCUGAACAUCCCCAGCUAUGCAGGUGGAACCAACUUCUGGGGAGGAACCAAGGAGGACGACAUCUUCUGUGCCCCGUCGUUUGAUGAUAAAAUCCUGGAGGUGGUAGCAGUGUUUGGCAGUAUGCAGAUGGCUGUGUCCAGAGUCAUCAAACUGCAACACCACCGCAUAGCACAGUGUCGCUCAGUGAAGAUCACUAUCCUGGGAGAUGAGGGUGUUCCUAUCCAAGUGGAUGGAGAGGCCUGGGUACAACCUCCUGGAGUCAUUAAGAUCCAACACAAGAACAGAGCCCAGAUGUUGACCAGGGACAGGGCGUUUGAGAACACUCUGAAGUCGUGGGAGGACAAGCUGAGGUAUGACAAGCUGCCCCUGCGGUCACACCUUUACUCCCAGCAGUCUGUGGACCUGGCCACUGAGGAGGAGGUGGCCCUCGUACAGCUGGUUGCCCGCGCUGCAGACGAUCUCAUCACCAGGAUCUGUGAGGCAGCCAAGACCAAUGGGCUUCUAGAGCAGGAGCUGGCUCACGCCGUCAACGCCUCAUCACAUGCCAUCAACAAGACACACCCCAAGUUAGCCGAGAGUAUGGCCAGGAACACUGCUAUAGAAGUAGCCAGUAAUGUGAAGGCUUUACACAAUGAGACUGAAUCCCUUCUGGUGGGACGAGUAUCACUGCAACUGGAACCCUCAGAUGAAGAGUCUUUAUCCAGUGCUCUGCAGAGUGUGGAAAUGGAGCUAGGCAAACUAGUAGAUAUUCCCUGGUUAUACCAUAUACUGCAGCCUAAUGAAGAUGAGGACCCCUCGUUAGAGUAUGGCAAGCGCAACAGUCGUAGCAGCAUGUUCAGAAUCGUGCCAAAGUUCAAGAAAGAGAAAGCUACAAAGAAGACCAACCCUCAGUCAGUGGAGAGAUGGGGUACAGAGGAGGUAGGAGUCUGGCUGGAGCAGCUCAGUCUGGGAGAGUACAGAGAUACCUUCACACGCCAUGACAUCAGAGGCUCUGAACUGCUGCAUCUGGAGAGGAGGGACCUGAAGGAUCUGGGGAUAUCGAAAGUGGGUCAUAUGAAGAGAAUUCUCCAGGGAACUAAGGACCUGGCCAAGACCGCCAUGGUUGACCUCUAACCCAGAAGUAGUUGGUGCCAGAGUGGAAGUGCCCUUCCACCACAGAGGAAGAGUUUGGGAGCUCCGCAGGGAGAGCUGAACGCCUGACAUCUUGGGGUGGAUGGAUGGAUUUGAUCCUUUGAUGGAUUUAAGAAAGCUGUUGGUGAGAAAUUGUCGAACGGGAAUGUUUUAGUGAGGCUGUGUUUGGUGCCAAAAUAGAAGACGGCAAUCUACAGUUGUUGACAGUUCAAAGAAGGAAGCCAUGGUUUUUCACCAAAAAAUGCACAUUUCUCUAAUCAUAUUUUCAUUCAUGGCACAAUCGGGUAUGCAACUAAUCCUCAUUAUAAGAGUUGGUUUGGUCAUCUGGCCUCGUCGAGAAGGCCCAAUCCAAGUAGCAACAAGGUGACUUCCAUGAGUGUGCCCUAACAGUGUGCUGUGAGUGUGUACAGUUCAGCACAGUCACUAUAAUACCGUGCAGCUUUGUGAUUGGUUUACUGACUCUUAGGCUGGCAGUAGAAGGCUACAGACGCAACGCUACAGUCUGCAAUAUCCUGCUUUUGCUGUUUACACCAGAGGAGAUAGGCGUCGUCCCAAAUAGCACCCUCUUCCCUAUGCAGGGCACUACUUUUAAGUGGUGCACUAUGUAGGGAAUAUGGUGUGAUUACAGACGUGCCCUGGGAGAAGGAGAUGCAAUGUCACAACUUAAAGCUAGUGAAGGGAGGUCUCUGAAAACAGUGAGACAUAUGUUGCAUGCUAUGCUAGCUUGAUUUGGGAUAUCAAUUUUGAAUUGCAAGAUUAGUGUCUUGGGUCUUUUGUGUAAAAAAUGACUUUAGUAUUAUUAUGCCAUUUGUUACUACUGAAAGCAUUAUUUUGGUAUGAAUCAACCUUUUUUGUUAAUUAUUUUUAUUUAUGUUUUUGUUUUUGCAUGAUUAUUAUGUGUCAAGGACCUGUGUCAUGUGCCAUAUUUUAUUCAUUUUAUUGUAAAAAUGUGCUUCAUUGGUAAGAGAACAUCAAAAUUUAAGACAAGUUAUGAGAUUAACUAUUAGGAGUUAUACUUUGUUUUCUGUUGAUAUGAAAAUCAGUACCAAAGUCAAUGUCCACUACACUUCCAGACAUAAAUGUUAACUUUGAAAGUAGUGAAAAUAACAUCAUCAUGUUUGGGAUGAAUAUCAGUUACAUAUAGAGUGUUAUAAAUUGGAUUCUAGAAUUCUGGGAACUUUCAAUAAAUUCCCUGGUUUCCCAGAAAUCUUGGUUGGAGGAUCCGCAUUUCCUGCUUCUUAUCUUCUGAGUCUGGAAAUCCUCCAACCGGGAUUUCGGGAAAACCAUGGAAUUUAUUUACAUUUCCCGGAAUUUUGCAACCCUAGUUGUAAUCCAACAAUUUCAUAUUUCUAUGGAAUGCUUGACAGGGACUUUUCCAUGUUGCUAUUUGCAAAGUUACAUCCUCAUAUCACUAGAUACAAUUCAUCGCAAUCUCUAGCAUUUAAACACUCAAUAUUUCACAGAGUAACACUAUGGUAGUGGGAAUAGGAGUUAAAUGUUGAUUUAAGUAUAAGAUUGAGCAGCUCAUCUGCAACAGGAGAAAGUGCAGAUUUAGUUGCUCAGUGUGACAUGUAAUGGUAAUAGACACUUUUGUUAGGUUGGUGGCAUUACAGGGUAUACCUAUAUAUGCGAUGCUAAGUAUGCAUAUACAAUAUAUGCACUGAAUAUAUACAAUCUAAAGCAGUGUAUGCAUACACUGUUAGUAGCUUUUGUAGUCAAAUGCCUUUGUAGAUUACUGACAUGACAUACAGUGUCAACAGCUAACACGUUUUGAUGACCAUGUCUAUUGAUUUGCGCCAUGAACACCAAUUGUGGAUUAUUGAUUUUGUUAAAUAGGAUAAUCUGUCCUGUUUUUGAUUAAUGCUGUUGUAUUCUAACGGAGGUGCAAUAUUAUAUUGGUUUUGGUAGUCUUUCUGACGUGAUGUUUCGCUGUGGGGAAAACCCAAAGGGUUAACUGACCGACUUUUAAACGAAAUAGCAUUUAUUACUAAUUUCCUUUUCAUUCAAAAUUCUUCCAACAGCUCACUGGUUUUUAGUCUUGUUCCUCUGUGCUUCCAGGAUGAUUCUCAAAGCAGGUUGCAGCAAAUAAUAGACCGUGUUACUGACUAUGUGAGACUGUUGAACGGGCAGACCUGACUGUUGUUCUGUGCUUUAUGUAUCUAAGAACCCUUGUAUGUUCAUUUACAUCAGCUAAAUACUUAGCAUCAACUGUAUGUUUAUCAUUGAUCAGCCAAGUUAUAUUAUCAAUGAUCCUAUAUCAUCAAGCCUUCUUUUUUAUAAUUUUUUACCUCAGCAAAACUGGUCAUAUCAGAAUUGUGGCUUGCUUAAUUUCAUAGGCCUCCUGAACCAUAAUAUCUAUUAACAAAUGGAAAUAGGAAGUUAUACCAUGUUUGCAUGAUAAUUACAUUUUGGCAUAUUUGGGAUUAAGAAAGAAAUUAAUCCAUACUAGUUAGUUACCAAUUGUGUUCACUUAUUUGGAGUAAGCACCAGAAAGUAGCAUGUAUCUUUUACUCCAUAAUUUUUAAGUAUAUAAAGGACUGUAAAAUAAAGCAUUACCACCCACCUCUCUUUUGGUGGCCUAUCAAGAGAAUUCACAUUAUCAAGAAGAAUAUAAUUGUUGCUUAUGCUCACAAUCAAGUAUAAUUUAAAAAAAAAAACAUGAAACCCAAAACACGAGGCCUUUUAAUCCCCUAAAACAUUAACCAAUUUUGGUGAAAGAAGUUAGAAUUUAGAAUUAUGCCAGGAGCAUCUAAAUCAUACCUUAGUAAAUAGUCUAGACAAAAUAAAUGGGUUUUAUUGCCAGUAUGAUUGUUAUGAAGAAACAAAACAUAGCCCCAAACUAGCUAGGUUCCUAACCUAAGAUAUGAAUGAAACAUUCUGAACAUUCAAUCUUUUUUGAAAUUCUAAGUAUCCAAGCUACAGUUCUUCAUCAUCAUUUAUGUGUCUUGUUGUCUUUAGAGCCCCGUUUCCACUGGCACUUAACAUUAGGGCCCAGUUAGGUCCAAAUUCGAGCUGGCUCAAAUGGAAUUCUUAAAUUCGAGCUGGGUCGAGGGAAACCCGGGCCUGAGCAGCCAAGUUUCACAACUGGUUAGAAUUUGGGCUGGUGACGCCGUUACUAUGCAAACACCAAGCUUAUCAACGUUAGCUAGCUAGUCUGGGCUUGUUACUGUUAGCUAGCACAUGGACAAGCAGUAUUGCAGUAGUCAGACAUGACACAAAUUACCACCAUAGCUGGAUCCUUCAUUCAAUGUUGCACUACACAAUACAUUUUUAUGAGAACAGUCAGCCCUCGAAUGCUAGCUACCUAACGUUAGCUAGCAAAUCAGAGUUGAACAAACUAGCUAGCUAAUGUGAGCUAGCAGGAAUUUAAGCUGGCUAGGUCAUAUUGACAAUUAGCUAGAUACAUAAUAUCAAACCUAUCAUCUGGUUUGCUUGGUUAGCUAGCUAGCUAAUAGCCAAUGCCAUGGCAAGCAAAGUAGGAAUUAAGCCUGUUAGCUAGCCAGCUAAUCUCAGCAAGCUAAAUACAUGGCUCUGAGUCUAGCUGGCACUGUCAGGAGUAUGGGGUAACGUUAGUUACAACAUGGUGAGGGUGAAUUAAAUUCUUUAAAAUCUUGCUAGCUAGCUAGCUAGCAACAUUAGCGAAGCCAGCUGCAGUCACAUAUUGGCUACCUAGCAUGACAUAAUUUCAUAUUUCUUGGCCAGCCCAACCUGGGUUGACUUUAUUUGCCAAUGGAAACAAUGCUUAAGUGGCUUAGGUAUGGGCUGGUUUCACAGACAUAGACAGAUGAAUUUUAAGUUCUAGCUGUUGUUCUCAGUGGUUUAACCUUGGAAUACAUAGUUCUGUAUUUAUAUUAAAACCACAUUUUCAGUAGUCUGAAUUCAAGUGCAAUCUAGGUAAUUUAUGUCUGCACAGCUGCAGGAAGUAGGAGUGCUGAGGGUGCUGCAGCACCAUGUGAAAUAUCCAAAGUAAAUAUUAAAAAAUAUAUAUAUAUAGAUAUAUGUAUAUUUUUUUUUCACAAAAGUAGUGCACUAGGCCCUUAGUACUCGUAUUAGUGGACCGAUCUAGCCGUCUGUAACACGGCCCAACAUUGUUUUUCAGCAUCGCCGCAGCACCCCCACCCCCAAACCACUUCCUGCGGCUAUGUACUGUGUGUCUGUGUUUCAAGCUCUGUGUGAUUUAAUCUGAGCUGAGGUUCCUCACGGCAGGUCACACUCACGGCUUCAGUUCCCAGGCUGUAUGUGUGUGUUGUCUAUCUCUGUGUGUCUGUCUGAAGGGUGUCUGUCUGUCUCUGUGUGUCUGUCUGUCUGUCUGAAGGGUGUCUGCCUGGUUCUGUAUGAGUGUGCUGUCUGUCUCUGUGUGUCUGUCUGAAUGGGUGUCUGUCUGCCUCUGUAUGAGUGUGUUGGACCCCAGAGAGAGAGAGCUUAAGUUCUCCAAUUUAGGUAGAAGUUUCCCAUGGGCACAGAUCUUAGCUCAGCUUACCUCCCCCACUCCUAACCAUAACCAUUAGGAGGGGAAAACGUGAAACUGAUCUUAGAUCAGCAGCCAUGGGCAACGUCAUCCAUCGCCACGUUUUCCAAUGGUAUGUAUAUAUAAUGCUGCGAACUGCCUGGUUUUCAUAAACCAACCAAACCCUAUGUGAGGAAUCUUAAGAUGGGGUAACCCGAUAGUCUUUAACAUGGUUAAUAACAUGGUGGAAGAGAAGUGAGAUUCAUUUGUUUACAUUGUUUACAGUGGCACAGUUUUACUUGCUAAGGAUAAAAAUAUAUAAACUCAGCAAAAAAAAAGAAACGUCCUCUCACUGUCAACUGCGUUUAUUUUCAGCAAACAUAACAUAUGUAAAUGUUUGUAUGAACAUAACAAAAUUCC